CUGGCACUAGCAGGUAAGGGCUUUCGAUUUCCUUUUCUUUCGUACUUGCUCUCUCCGUGUCGCGAGGGUUUUUCAGCGUUUUCUUCCCCUUCCAUUUUCAUGCCACCCGAACAGCGUCUUCGCUGAUUUUCCCGGAAAGAUAUUCGAUUAUCUCUCGUUUAAACAAACCCCAAAGCCUGGUAUAGAUUUUUUUCUGUCCCCAAUGGCUACGACCACCAACGGGCUCGACGACUCAGGAAAUGUAAACGAAAAAGAGGGAACAUUGAAUGAGUCUGUGAAAGUAGAUGCUAUGGCCUUGAAUUCAGUGUCCCAGCGUGAAGAUGCGGGAGCGAAAGCACGAGUGGAUGCAAUGUGGGAGCAGAUGAAUAAGGGAAUCCCUAAGAAUGCUCUCAGACAAUUUUCUAGCAAUAAUUCCUCAACCAGAAGUAAAACUUCACCCAAGGCUUCCAAUAAUUGGAUGAAGUAUCUGCAAAUGAAACCACCAAAUCCUGGGCAAGACAAACAGACAGAGGCGAAGUCUCCAAGUGUUGUGGAGAAUGGAACAAGUGAUAAGGCUCAGUUAGGGCAAGUUGAUAAAGGAAUAUCUGUGGAGAAUGGUUUAACUGUGGGUACUCAAUUUUCUCAGAAGACAUCCAAUAAAUGGAUGAUGCAGCUGAGCUUGCUACCAAAGAAAACAGAAGGCCUUAAUAAAGAUGAAUCGCUGAAGGAACCUGGUGUGAUGCAGAACAGCAUCAGUGAUGAGGCAAAGAAGCUUGCAGCUGCUGCUCUCUCAGCAGUGAAGGAUGCGGCAGCAGCUGCAGCUGCUGCAUCUAAUAGAGGCAAAAUUGAGAUCACUGAGGUUCGAGACUUUGCUGGUCAAGAAAUUGAAAUUCGAAAGCGUAUUGAUGCUGAUUCGAAAGAGGUGGCUGAAAAGGCGAAAGCUCCUGCACCUUCUGCCGUAGAUGCUGUUCUUGAACAAAUCAAAAAGAAGCCAAAGCUCAGCGUGCUUGACAAGACGAAAAAAGAUUGGGGAGAAUUCAAGGAUGAGAAUAAAGGGAUGGAAGAAGAGUUGGAUGCUUACAAGAAGAGCUCAAACCAGUAUCUGGAUAAGGUUUCUUUCUUGCAGCGGGCUGAUUAUCGGGAAUUUGAGAGGGAGAGAGAUGCAAGGCUUGCUCUACAGGCUAGGAGGAGACCAGACAUGCGGGAGGACCCAUGACAGUCCUAAAUAGCUUUUUUUUUUUUUAUUGCAGCAUGAAAGACCCAGAGUUGAUGAGAGUAGAGCAAGGGGCCUUUGUUCCCAUCAUUAGGAGGGAAGGCCCUUUAGCAAAUACAUAUCUGACUCAUCUUUUGUGCUUAAAAUGCAAGUUAUAUAUAUUCAAUCUUUUUGGGGUC